AUGAUUUUCAUAUAACUUGUUUUUUUGGAAAUAACCUUAGCCAUUGAAAUAUAAACACUAGAUUUAUUAUACUAGGUAGCACAAUAAUCGGUAAAGAUUUAUGAUGAAGAUUUUGAUCCAAAUAAAUACUUUAGCUAUGGCAUUUGGUCAAAAUAUACUCCGCUAAGCGCAAUACCUAAAACUGGUCCAGUUGGAUUGUUUGAAAGUGACUGUUAUCACCUUCAUCACGUACUUGAUAAACAAAGCAACGAAUUAAAUUUAAUAUAUUACGACUGUUUAGAUUUUGAGGCAAACAAAAUAACGAAGACAAUUAGGUUUGUUAGUGAUAAUGAUGAAUAAAAGAAAUACGAAAUUGAUCUUGAAAUAUUUUUAUAUGAAAGCUUUUGGUAUUUCCUGGAAGUUCUUUAAUGGCCUUUCUAAAAACGAUUUGAAAUUAUGAUAAUAUCAUAAUAGAAAAUACUAAUUCAUAAUGUUGAAGAAAUACAUUAUCCAUUCAAGGGAAGAGAUCUCUAAUUUACUUUUGGAAGUAGCUUAAUUGUAAGUAAUUCAAGAAUAGAAUCAAUUGAAAAAAAUUAAAAAUUCUCAUACUUUCCCGGAACCAUUAUAAUAUAAAAUUUUGCGAUAUCAGAAGUACUCGCUAUUAUUGAUUGGUUAACUUAUGUAAAAAGUGUUUUUGUAGAUUAUGAGAUAUGUAGGUGCUAACCUAAUGAAUUUUCAAAAAUACAAGACAUGAAUAUUUACUCUUAAUAAAAAGGAGAUCUUGUUUCAUAAAAUAUCAUUUGUGAUUCUUUUAUUUUAUCAGGCUGGGUAAAAAUCUAAGAAAUCAUUCAAGAAGACAGCUAAUUUCUAUAUCCAUUUAUAAAAUUAUCAGCUAAUUUUGAGGAUUCAAGAUUGUCUAAUGAUAACUUAUCCCCACUUUAAAUUCAAUAUUAAUUAUCAGAUAUUCAAAAUUAAAUUAUACUAUCAACUUAUAGCUACACUUUCCCAAAGGUUACAAUUGAUUUUUCUACUAAUCCAUUUCUAAUAAAGAAAUCAUUUGAUAUAACCCACAGUAUACAUUUAUGGCAUAAAAUAUAAGUAAAAUUAAUAAGAAGUUCAAUGGAUAUUUAAAUUAUAUUUUAUGAGUAGUUAAUGAUUUAUUAGUAUAACCUUUAAGUAGAAGUUCAUCAAUUUAAAUCAUUAUAUUUAAAAUUAGUAUAUGGAAACAUUAAGUAGCUAAAUUCAAAUUACUUGAGUAUAUUUACUAGGAAUUUCAUUUUUUUAAAUUGCGAUCAAACUUUUUCUGAGCAUAAUUGUCAUAACAGUUGUUAAGAAUGCGAUGGCCCAACUAAUGAAGAUUGCUUAUCUUGUUCAGAAGAAUCCAAGAGAACUUAUUUUCCAGAAUAUAAAUUAUGUCUCUGUCCUUUAAAUACAGUUGAUGAUUAAAUUUGUGUUGGAUAUUAGGAAACAAAAUUUGAGUUUAUUGAUGAACCUUUCAAAAAUAAUGAUUGCCCUUUUGGUUAUUUUGAAUUAGAAAAUGAAUGUGUAUAAUGGUAAUUAUUCGAUAAUUUAUUGAUAUAGUCCUUCAAUUAUAAGGGAUGAUUUAAUGAUUUGUGUAGAAUGUUUGUAAAAUCCAAAAUCUUUUAGUUAAGACCCAUUCUGUCAAUAUGAUUUAUACUUAAGUCAAUCUCAAUAGACAGAAAAAUUAUAAUUGAGAGAUUCUGAUUAAUUACUUUUUGAUGGAAAUGAUAUUACUAUAUACCCGUGCAGAGGAUGUAACAAUGCCGCUAUUAAUGAUUUUAAAUAUUUGUACUUAGGCUUUUUAUAUAGUUCACACUCUUUUUAAUUGAACUGCCUAUCUGAAGAUUAUCAGUGCCUAUUAUUACUGUCUUAAUCCUGCAAAGAUCAAGUUUUAUCAGUUUCAGGAGUAAGAUGUAAAAGUUGUCCUAAUCUUUAUAUAUAAGAUGGUGCCGACUGUAUUAGUAUUUAUGAUAAUAUGGAAGAACCUUGUCAAAAACCCUAUUAUAAAAGUUUUGAUAAGAAGUGUAAAUUAUGCCCUAUAAAGAAUUGUGUAUAUUGUUUUGAAUACUAAGAUGAUGAAUCUUCUUUCAAAAGUACAUUGUAUAAGAAUUUUGAAGGCUCUAAUAGUGAUUAAAUGAUUAAAAUCGGUUGUGCAAUGUGUGAAGAUGGCUUUAUUUUUGACUUUACUAUUGGGGAAUGUUUAAGAUAAUAAUCAAAAAUUUUAACUUGUUUAAGAUCAUUUAUUAAUUUGGAUGGUAUUGAAAUAUGUACUCUCUCAACCUAAAAUGAUUUCAGUGUUGCACCUGAAAUUGUAAAUUGUGAUAAAUAUUACUCCAAUUGUUUAUAAUGUGUUCUCACUCCUUCAUCAUAGUUACAAUGCGUAAUCUGCAGGGAAGGCUAUGCCAGUUCCAUCAUAACUGGGAACUGCGAAUCGAUUUCACUUUUUGAAAGUUUUCAGAACAGCACUUAUUUAAUAUAAGGUGGCAUAAGGGAUUAAGAUGGAUAUGUUCAAUUGAUUUAGAGUUUUAUAAUGCAAUUUUUACCUAAUUCAUAUUAUUAUUCCUACUCUCCAGAAUCACUAUCAUAUUAGCCAAUUAAAUGUAAAAAUGGAUAUGAUUUGGCAAUUUAGCUUAUGUGUUUUUAAUAUUGCAGUAGCGAGUGCUUAAGUUGUUAAAAAGAUUAAUACAGUUUCAUUUGCAUGAGAUGCCCAUUAAAUUACUAUAGGAAACCUAUGUUGGUUGAACUUAAUGGAAAAUGCAUAGCCUGUUCUAAUUUAUGCUAAUAUUGUGAAGUGAGAAAUUAGGAUGAAAUUUCUGUAAUAUUUCGAUUAUAUUUUAGUCUUUACAACCAAAUUUUGAGUUAGAGGAAUUAAAUUUACAAUUUACAACAAGAUGUCUAAAACCUGUUAAAGAUCCUAAUAUAGUCAUCAAUACCUCUUUUAGAAAUGCUAAAUACUGUUUUAACAAAAGCUGUUAAAAUUGGUUUUCAUUCCCCGUGUAUUUUACUGAAUGUUUGUUAGAUAGGUAGAAUCAGUAUAGUUACGAAGAGGAAAUAAAUUUUUAAUAUUGUAACCUAGUGGGAGUAGAUUAAAUGACGAUUAAUUAUAUUUUCUCAUUUCAUGAGUACAUUGUAAGUUGUGAUUCUUUGGCUUUGAAAUUUUGGAAUGGCUUAAAGAAGAAAAUAUUUUCUCUAAAGAAAACUAAUAUGAGAUUAUUUGCAGUUAAAGAUUAUUAAGUUGGUACAAGCUAAAUAAUAGAAAUAAUCAACUAUGAUGAAGUAGAACUCAAAAACUUAACCUUUAGAAAAUUUGAUGGGUGUAAUUUAGAAAAUCUUAAUAAAAAAAUAGAUUUAACAUUAAAUAAGUUAAAUUUUAUUACAACCAAUAUUUCUAGGCUUACAUUUUUCUAAACUUAAAUAUUUGGAAACAUUGUAAUUUAGGAGGUUUACUUUUUAGAUUCGGUCUUUGUUAAUUCAACUUUUUUUGAUUUUUCAAAACAAACUGUCUUAAUAACUUUUAAAAUCAAAAAUUUGACUUUCAAAAACUGUUUAAUAGAAAAUUCAACAUUAUUUAAUAUUGACUAUAUUUAGGACAUUAUAACUAUUGAAGAUAUCCUUAUUGAAAAUUGCACAUUAUUGAAUUCUGCAUUUUUCACAUUCUCAACAGAUUUGAGUCAUAUAAGCAAAAUUAAAUUAAAAAAUAUUGAAAUAACUCAAUGUAGCUUUGAUUAAUCCUUCUUUCUCCAAAGCAAGAGAAAGUUUGAAUUAAUUGCAGAUGAUCUCUAAUUCAGCAAUAACUACCUUUAAAAUUCUGUGAUUAUAUGUUUUAAUGAUAAUCUUGAUUUUAUGAAGGUAAGAUCUAGUUAUAACACUCUUAUUUAAUCUUCAAUUUUAUCUACAUUAUUGCUCAUAAAUGAAUAAAGGCUUGUAUGCACAGUUGAUGAUUUUGAAGAUGAUUCCACUACUUUUUAAGAUUCAAAUUUGGUUGUUGUUUAUUCUAGUCUUCAAAUAAAUAAUUUUAUUGUUAAUAUUAAAAAUAUCAAAGUUUAAGAAAAUACCAUACCAGAUAAGUUAUAUUUAUAAAAUUACCUAUUUAAAUUUCAUUGCCAUUCAUUAAAAGUCUAAAAUGCUUAAUUUUUAAAUUUGCAAAAUUUAGCCAUGUUUUAUCUUUAUGAAAUUAAUUAGAUAGUUUUUGAUUCUGUGAUAUUUGAGAAUUCUUAAUAAAAUUAUAAAGUUCCUGUUUCACUGUCACAGGCUUGCACUGAUCUAUAUGAAUUCAGGAAUUAGCCUUUAUAUGUUAUGGGCUUUCAGUAUUUAUCACUCUCAAACAUACAAAUAGUUAAUCAAUUUAGCAUUAAUUAUUCAUUAAUGGAUGUAAGUUUUAGUCCUCAGUUUGUAAUUGAGAAAAUCGGAUAAAUAAUAUUAGUAUAUGUAUAAUUUAGAGGAAAUAUAAUACUGAAAAACAAAGUAGCAACCUCAUUAUCUUUGCUAAAUAUAUACUCUCAAUUUAAUUUAAAUAUCAAAUUGACCGACUUUCAAUUUAUUCAAAAUAUCGUCAAUUAAUAAAUCGAUGAACCACUUGACACAUAAACUAAUUUAAUACAUAUAAGUUCAUUAGACAGUUUUCUUUAAAUUCAACAUCUGUAUUUCUAUCAAAAUGCCUUAACGAAUUCAACUAAUCCAAUCUUUACACUUACCGCAUCUUUGAUAGAAAUUUCGAAUCUAAUCUUCAUCAAUUCUAAUGUUUUAUCAUAAAACUUAUGGUAACAAUUUUAUGAUUUUGAAUUAGUGGAUGAAUAUAAUCAGCAAGAGAUUAACUCAAUUAUUCAAUCAACAUUUAAAAUUUUAAAUUAAGGGAUCUAUAUCUCAGCUUCUACCUUUAAUUGUACAGAUAGUUAUUUUUAAGAAAUUAUUGCUACUAAAGGUUCUAUUUUUUAGAUUAAAACUCAAGGACAAGGAAUAAUACAAAUAAGAAACCUCAAGAUAGAUUCAGUGUAUACUAAUCUAAAAGAUACUGGUGGCUCAGGUUGCAUAAGUAUAGAUUCAACAAAUAGCCUUUUGUCUAUUGAUCUAAGACAAAUUAAAUUUACAAAAAUAUUUAAUAGAAUGGCUACAUCAUUAUUAACAAUUAUACCCUCUUAGAAAGAAAAUGUUAUUCGUUUAAAUAAUAUAGAAAUCAAGAAUUGUCUUUCCUUAAUGAAUACAAUUAUGUUAGCCAAAUUCUCGGCAGAUGUAAUGAAAUAGAGUUAAGUAAGUAUUAAUAAUUUAACAAUUUAUUAAAGUGAAGAAAUGUGGUUUUAAUUAUUUUCUUUGAUUGGUGAAAUAACAUUAUCAGAAUUAGAGAAUAUUUUGAGCUAAGAGAAUGCUAUGAUUUUUCUUGAAAAUUGUAAAGUUGAUAUUCAAAAUAUAAAUGUUGAAGGAAUUAUAAUCUCUCCAAUUUUUAAAAUUUAUAAUGCAUUUACAUUAAAGAUUUUUGAUUUUAAACUAGUAUUUAUACAAAAAUUAUAUUCCUUUGAUCUCAUACUGAUAACUUAGACUAUAAAAGCUGAAUCAAAGAUUUCUAUUGAAAAACUAAAGAUACUUUAAAGUAUUACAUAUAAACAAAAAUACGAUGGAAUUCCCAUCUUUUCAGAUUUGAAUUAUAAAAUUUUAGGAUGCAGUGUGUGGAGGAACACCUCAAUAUCAGAUUAAACCAUAUAUUCAAAUAUAUUAAGUUAGAUAUAAUCAUUCGCUAAUCAAUCAAAUCAGCUGAUAUACAUUAAAAGUAUUUCUAACCAAAACUCCCUUAGGCUUUCACAGAUAGAAAUAAGGAAUAAUGAUGGAUCAGAUUUUUCUAAUGGAAUGAUCACUUUUGAAGCUGAACAAUUCAAAAUUUUUAAAAUAGAUAAUAUAUUUUGUUUUUAAAAUAGUGUUAAAGAAAAUGGUUGCUUAUACUUUUUGAUCUCAAAUUUUAUUAAUUCAACUAUUAUAAUCAAAGAUUCUUAUUUCAUAUAAAAUAAGGGUAGUCUUGGAGGUGCUAUGCUAAUUUAAAAUGUUAAAUUAAAGAUGGCAAAUUGCAAAAUAAUUUCUAAUUAUGCUAGCAAAUCAGGUGGAGGAUUGUUUUUAUAACUAAAGGAUACAGAUUUUUAGAUUAAAUAAACACUUAUUACUAAUAACGAGGCCUUAGUUGGAGGAGGAAUUUAUUUUAACCAAGAUGGAACUAUACUCCUUCAAAAUUUUAUUGAAUCUUAUUUAUUAUUUAAUGUUGCAAAAUAGUUUGGAGAUAAUCUUAUUGAAUCUCCUAACCAUUUGACUUUGCUUAUCAACGACUUACAAAUGCAAUCUAAAAAGUAAGUCAUUAAUUAGACACUCAUUCAUCAUUUAGCUCUCUAGCCUUAUAGUAUUAUUGAAUAAGGAAAACCUUUAAUUACAAAUUAUUUAAUGAUCCCAAGCAACUAAGUUAUCGAUUAAUAUCAAAUUUAUUUGCCCACGAGAGUUCAAUAUAUUUCUUAUAUUAAAAAUUUUGUUCUUAUUUUAAAGAAUAGUUUAAAUGAAUAACUUCCCAACCUUCUCAGUACUACAUGCACUCUAACCAAAAAAACUAUAAAUAAAGAAGGCUUGAUUUAGGAGGAUGAGUUGGAAGAGCAACAAAAUUUGCAAUUUGAUCUAGAAUAUGAUUACUCUAAUUUAGGUUCCCUUUCCUUUAUUUUUGACCCUUAUUAUUAAGAAAACAAAUAAUUAUAAAUUGAGAUUAGUUGUAAAUCAUUGUAACAUUAAAAAAUUUUGAAUUACAUUAUAUAGGCUAAAAGUUUGAAAUGCUAGCUUGGAGAAUUUUAUGUAAAUUUUGGUUGCUAAAUUUGCUCAUCAAGUUAAGGAUUUUACUCUGUAGUAUACGAUGCAACAAAGUGUUCAAUAUUUGAUAAAACAAAAUUUAAAAACAUAACUGAAAAUAAUAUAGAAUUAUUAGGGGGCUUUUGGAGACCUGAUUUUGUAUCCGAUUAUAUAGAGUAAUGUUUUAAAAACCUUAAGUUUUGUAAAGGCGGCUGGGGAUAUGGGAAUUAAAUUUGUCAUUUAGGACAUAUUGGAGCAUUAUGCGAAGAAUGUGAUAUUUAUAAUAUAAGAGGAGAAGGAAAAUAUUUAAAGAAUUAAUAGGAUUCAUAGUGUAUAUCUUGUUUUGGCGUUGAGGACAGUAUAAUUCCAUUUAUAGCGGCAUCAGUUUGGUAAUUUAAUUUCAUAUUUUAGGUCGUUUAUAUCAAUUAUUAUAACUUUAAGGAAUAUUGAAUCGUCAAAUCAAUUGUUCAAGUGCUUAAAACUACAAUAAAGGUUUAGCAAAAUUAUUUUUAAUUUAGAAUAAGGUAAUUUAAUGACAUAACUUAAGGACAUUAGAGUUUUUUAAUAAAAAUGUUAUUAAACUAUUUAUGGAUUUUCUCUGUUAUCUUUACAUUCAAUAUUCAAUUUUCAUUUUCAUUUACUUUUGUUGAUACAGCGAGUAAUACAUCCUACUCUAUGACUAAUAAUCUUGAUUGUUAUUUAUCAGAGAAUCAAUAAAUAAAGUUAAUUUACUCUAAAAUUAUUACAAUGCUUGUACUCAUGAUAUUCUAAUUUAUACUAAUAAUAUCAGGAUAUCUUAUUUAUAAUUGGUAUAAGUAGGUUGGAUUGAGCAAUUUUAAUUUCGAAACUAUUUCUAAUACACUACUCUACCUAUAUGUUUCUAAUUAUGGUGGAUUAGUUAAAAUGUAAUUGAACUUAGAUUAUUUUAGGUAUUUUUCCAUUAUCUCAAAAAGAACUGUUUCGAGUUAGAGUUAUAUACAAGGCGAUGUUUCACUUCUUUUUGGAACUAGCGAGCAUUUAAUAUGGAUUUUUGCCUUUGUAAUUCCAGGAAUAUGCAUUUUUAGUAUAAUCAUUCCUCUUUCCCUUUUUAUUGUGAUGUACAUUAAGAAAGAUUAGCAUGAUAACAUUUAAAUUAGAAAACAUUUUUGUUAUUUAAUUAAUGAAUACAAUAACAGAAGUUAUUUUUGGGAAGAAAUUAAGUUAAUUAAAAAGACAAUCAUUAUUUUAAUCUUAACAUAUUUUGAGACUUAUAUUCUACUGAAAGCAUCAUUGUUGGGGUUAUGUUUGCUUUUCUAUUAAUUAUUAGCUUUUAACGAAAAACCCUAUAUUCUCACCAGUUUCAAUAACAAAGAUUUAUCAUCAGCACAAAUUUGCUCUAUUACAAUUUUUCUAGCUGCUGCUAAAUAUGUAGCUGAACAAGAAAAUAAUUAAUUUUCAUCAAUAUCACUUUAAACAAUUAUUGCUCUUCUUUGUAUUAAGCUUUGUUAUGCAUUUAUCAAGAGCAUAUCGGAAGUUUACUCAAACAAGUAUUCUAAUUUAAUAUUAAAUUAUUUAUAUUUAAUUUUGAAUAAGAUUUCAUAAGAUUCCUGUUUAACAUUAACAUUAAAUAAUUAUUUGCAAAAAUCUAGUUAAAGAAAAAAGAGAUCGAAAUUUUUGAUUAAAAAACUUAAAUAAUAUCUGUUGAAGGCUUCCAAAGCCCAACUUGAAGGUCAUAAAAAAGUCCUCAGCUCUCAUAUCAAGGAGACAUAAUCAUCUGGAUUCGAAUAAAAAUACAAGUGA